UGAGUGUUUCGCCUUGGCGAGAUUCCGGGCGGGCACCUCCGUAGCACAAUCUGCGAAAAUGCUGGCGCAGAGCAUCAACGCCGCAAGCGGUGGGGGUGAGAUGUGGGCCGCCUAUGGCAGCGGCGCGCGCCCCGUUUUGUGUGGGGCCCUCUUGGCAGUUGGACGCAGUGCAGCCGUUUGGCCCGUGGCGUGCGUGCAGUGCGCGAGCUCCGAGCGGUGUCGCAUGCGACAGAAAGUGCUCAUCUUUGGAGACGAUGCCGCGGGCGCGGCGGGCGCGGGAUAACAUUAUCGGGGAGCCGCGUCGUUCAUGGCCCGAACUAGAAAGGACGUACGAACCCGCGCCGGUGCUGCGUUGCCUGCUGCCUUUUUUGCAAUCUGCUACGGGCCGCCGCCGCCGGCCUCCCGCGCCGGCAGGCUGGACGCUGGGCCCGCGGACGCGCCCCCCCUGUAUGGUCGUCCGGGGUAGGGCGCCGCUCGCGCAAAUGUGGGGGGCUUGGGGGCCGGCGGGCCGCCCGUCCGCGCCCUCUUCUCCACGUGCCGCGGCGGCUCCCUUUGUUUGUCAGACGGCGGUCGGCAAGAUUAGUGGCGCGCGCUCGCAUGCCAAUGAAUGGGUGUGGUGGAAAGCCUUGCACAUUGGCGGCUGCGUGGAUGUUGUAAGGAGCCUGGGUCGUUUCUUGACCGACUUCGCCUGCGCCCUACCAGCGCACACUCACAGCAAGGAAGUGAUGCGCGGCUGGGGUUGCGGCUCGACGCCGGUGCCUGAGUUUCAGACAGACCGACGAGCGGUGGUCUGUAUUGCAUCCGGCGUUGCUCUGGAUCGUGACUCAGCAGUAUGGCCGUAGUAGCUGGAGAAGGAGAUGAGGCCACAGCUCCUCGUUUCUGUUGCCUUGCUGCGUAUUAAAACACUCACGCACGAUGGUCU